ACAUCCACGUCAUGAACCAGCUUCCCCAACCCGAGCGCCACCGCAGUGACAAAUACUCUCCCACUGCUCUUGCCGUCACCGCCGUCGCCACCAACCUCACCAGCAAGCGGAUCCUUCAAAAGGACGGCCCCACCCCCGUCGGACCCAUAAGGUACCGGGGUGUGAGGCGGAGGCCAUGGGGACGUUAUGCCGCUGAGAUAAGGGACCCUCAAACUAAGGAGCGGCGUUGGCUGGGGACAUAUGACACUGCGGAGGAAGCCGCCCAAGCCUACGACUCCGCCGCCAGAGUCUUGCGUGGCCCCACUGCGAGAACCAACUUUGUGUAUUAUAUUUCCCCUCCUCAACCUUCUUUAAUCUUCGUCACCAACAAAAACAACAAUAAAAACAUCCUUAACCGCAGUAGCCACUUAUUGGGAAGUCAGUUCAGCUUCCCCAUCCAUCCUAACCAACUCUUCAACAGCCGUAACCGCCACUUGGGUGGUUCUUGGCCUGACCCCUUCUCCUCUUACUCCGCCCCUUCUUCCUUUUCUACCUUCCAGCAACAGCGAAACCAACAGCUUAACUCCACAAACAUGCUCCUCCCUCGUGACUUCGUUGCCCCUUCUGUUUCAUCUUUCUUUGGCCAGCAUUUAUCCUACCCCAAGGGCAGUUUGGUCAACUCAUCACAUGGUGGGCAUGCUAAUCCUUCUCCUUCAUCUUCAGUUAGUCACCAUUUAUCCUACCCCAAGCGAAGUAUCAACUCACUUUCAUCUUCAUUUACCCACCGUUUAUCCUACCCCAGUGGCGGUAUCAACUCAUCACAUGGUGGCAAUGCUAAUCCUUCUCUUCCAUCUUCCCUUAGCCAGCCUUUAUCAUACCCCAAGGGCAAUUUAGUCAACUCAUCACAUGGUGGUAAUGCCAAGCCUUCUGUUUCAUCUUCCGUUAGCCACCAUUUAUCAUACCCCAAGGGCAGUUUAGUCAACUCAUCACAUGGUGGCAAUGCUAAUAACCCUUCUCUUCCAUCUUCCUUAUCGUACUCCAAGGGCAGUUUAGUCAACUCAUCACAUGGUGGUAAUGCUAAUAACCACUCUGUUUCAUCUUCCUUUAGCCACCAUUUAUCCUACCCCAAGGGCAGUUUAGUCAACUCAUCACAUGGUAGCAAUGCUCCUAACUACACCGCACCCUUUUCUUCCUCUUGCCUGACAAACACAAACAGUCUCGGUUGUGGCAGUGAUAAUAAUCAUAAAGCUGAUGGCAGUGAAUACUCGCAAGAGUUCUUUCAUCACUCAGACUCAUCAUCGGGGUUGUUGGAAGACAUAGUUAGCACUUUCUUGAAAAGUCCAAAGCCCACUAAAAGUGAGUGUCUGUUGUUAGGUGCUCCUACUUCUCCAUCACAAGAUUCUUCCCACCUUAAGGCUGAGUCAUUUCCUCCUCUUUCCGCUGUUUCCACAGGCCAGAUGACGAAGAAAGACGAGGAUUUUAAUGUUCCUUUGUAUCAAGAUGGUUUCCACAUGCCGCAACCUGGUGUUUUUAAUUUCAAUGGCUCUAGCAAUACGGCAGUUCCCUCUGGCAUGCCUCUUACUCAGGAGAAGAAGAGAAAGAAGAAGAAGAAGGACACCAACACCAAGAAGAAGGAGGAGACCAACAACAACAACAACAACAACAAUAAUAAUAAUAAUAAUAAUAAUAAUAAUAAUAAUAGUAAUGAUCAUGGCCUAUCAUGGAAGACAUUUUUGAUCAUUACUCGGACUUUCUUAAUGACUUUCUUAAUUAGAUUAGGUUACGUACUUUUAUAAUAUGCACUCUCUGUGUUGUGCUCUUCUUUUUCUGUUUUAUUUUAGUAUUAGGUCGCUGGAAAUUUAAAAGUUUAAUUAGUGGUGUCUGCUGCUUCUUAUCUUAUAUUAAGGUAGCUAUAUAUAUUGUU